GAAAUAUCUUGUCGGUUCCAGCCGCUAUUUAGUAAGCGACCGACAACAAGUACUGUUGCGUGAUCUACAAAACUAUAAAGGCGAUUUAGCCAUAAGUGAACAUCGAGACGCUGCUGAGGCAAAAAUGGAUGAAUUCGACGUGCGUGCGGUUGAUCAGGGAACAGCAGCGGACGAGCAGGUGGACCAGGCCCCCUCAGUCCUUGCAGAAGAGAGGGACAUAACCACGGAAGCAUUGGCGCAGAGAAACAGUUAUGGGAGCCAAGCGGAGGCUCCUUCAACGGCAGGGGAAGAUAAUGUGAAAGAAGAUGUUUCGGUGAACAAGGGUGUGACAGUUCUCGUCGUGACGGAUGUCAAUGGCAGCGACCAAAUCCAGAACAGCGGAGUCGAAGCGGAUCAAAGACAUGAACAGGAAGAAGAAGCGAAACAUAUGCUCGCUUCUGAAAGCAGAGAAGAGCUGCCUGACAGUGAGCUGGUUUCAGCUGGACCGAGACACGAGGAGGAGGAGGCAGCUUCGAGAAAAUUGCACGACGCGGCGAGCGUCAAAGACGACCAACAGGCUGCACCGCAGAGCCGUCAUGAUGAACGGGAACGCAGAAACGAGAGAGGGACAAACAUGGUGACUGACUCACUAGAACGCGCAUUUUCACUCAUCCAAGGGGUAUUUCAGUGCAUCAGCAGAAGCCUGGAAAGAGUAACCCAGGAAGAUUUCCGGGCUGCAGCGAGACAGAAUAUCCAAAUGCUUGCAAGCGGAAACGUAACACCCUUGGAACAGUGCGUAUCGAGCCUGCUAGGAGAGUGUUCAGGGUUGAGUGAGCAAGUGUUUCCAUGUGCGGCGACAACGCCUGAGGGGUAUGAUUCAGAUACUCCAAAGCCGCCACCCAUAGUUAUGAUUGUUGACACGCCAGCAGGCCCCUACAUACGCGUCGUGCCGAAUGGUUUGGUGGAUGAAGCCGUAAAGCAGGGUCUUGUCCGGGACGAAGAUGUUCAGCUGCAGAGAGAGUUCCCAUUUUCUCAGUCCAAGCAAUCUACGAAACUGGCAUAAGGUCGCGUGGUGGUUGAGACUGUCGUCUAGGCGCCGCUGUUUCCAUUGACGAAUGUAAAGAAGCAAAGCAAUUUGAUUUGAAGCAACGCCAAAAGGAGUUUCGAAUGCGUUUGUUUCCGGUUUCCUGAUUAUUUGGUGCCUCUAACCGGCCUUCUGGGGAACGCCGUCGCGUUAGGCCGCUUGCUGAAAUUCCUGGUCCUCUGUUCACUGGUGAGGCACGCGUAUGUAGGCGAACGUGAGGCUACGCAACAAUUGGGUACGGGAACGUCCUUUGCUGUGGUUCACCUCCUGUGUCGCGGCCUGGUCCCUCUGUAGUGUUUCUCUGUCACAUCACCUAAACAUAUCAUCCUGGCCGAUGUGGAGAACAGUAUAGUAUAGCAGUCUGUUUCGCGGGAAACCAUACUUGAGAUGACUUCCUUCAGUAUUCUGGUACAGCGGAUACUACGCCUUCUGUACCAACUUCCGCUUUUAAUCUAAGCGAACAUUCGAAUUGAGAGGCACUCACUCUCGCGAUUCUGAAUUCUGAAGUUGCUCCUAUGGGGCACUUUUCGUGUGCUUGCAUUGCUCCUCAGUUUCGUGAGAGAUAUUAAAACGUCGUUUCAUAAUGCGUAUCAGAUCUUAUCGGUAUUCGGCUUACGAUGCGUAGCCUUUUAUGAAGCCGGAAACUCAAUGCGGGCGAGGUUCGACAUUGAAAGUGAUCAGCAGUGGUGACUUUACGUUGCCUGAAGCUACACGGAAUUAGUUGAUCCGGGAAUGGCACAGGGAAGUCACUCCAACGAAGCGGGGCUCGAAAUUAUUGUCUUUUCGUCUUGGCAGUUUCUGUCAGUUCUCAACGCGGAAAGAGAGAUUUCUUCAAUGCCGUUGUCUCUUCGAGAGGAACAACUUCUCCUACAUAAUGCCAUCACAGAUUUCUUAUGACUGGAGCCGUAAGGGAGUUCGAAAAUGAGCUCUUGUGCUGUCUAAACUUGGCGCAGUCCCGAUACGGAAA